GCCCGCGCCGCCGCUGCCGCCUCCGCCCGCCGAGCGGACUGAGGGACCCGGGUCGCUGCCGCCUACCCGCCCGGGUGCCCGCGUGCCCGGGCUGCGGUGGGCCAGGAUGUCGGGCUUCCUGGAGGAGCUGCUGGGCGAGAAGCUGGUGACCGGCGGCGGCGAGGAGGUGGACGUGCACUCGCUGGGCGCCCGCGGCAUCUCGCUGCUCGGGCUCUACUUCGGCUGCAGCCUGAGCGCCCCCUGCGCGCAGCUUAGCGCCAGCCUGGCUGCCUUCUACAGCCGCCUGCGGGGGGACGCGGCCGCCGGGUCGGGGGCCGGGGCCGGGCCGGGGCCCGGUGCCGGAGCGGCGGCAGAGCCCGAGCCGCGGCGCCGCCUGGAGAUCGUCUUCGUGUCCUCCGACCAGGACCAGCGGCAGUGGCAGGACUUCGUGCGGGACAUGCCGUGGCUGGCGCUGCCCUACAAGGAGAAACACAGGAAGCUCAAACUUUGGAACAAAUACCGCAUUUCCAACAUUCCAUCACUCAUAUUCUUAGACGCCACCACUGGCAAGGUCGUGUGCAGGAACGGGCUGCUGGUGAUCCGCGAUGACCCGGAAGGUUUGGAAUUCCCUUGGGGACCUAAGCCCUUCAGGGAAGUCAUUGCGGGCCCCUUGCUUAGGAAUAACGGGCCGGCUCUGGAGAGCAGCAGCCUGGAGGGCUCUCACGUGGGAGUCUACUUCUCCGCACACUGGUGUCCGCCCUGCCGAAGCCUCACCCGGGUCCUGGUGGAGUCCUACCGCAAGAUCAAGGAGGCGGGCCAGAAGUUCGAGAUCAUCUUUGUUAGUGCAGACAGGUCAGAGGACUCGUUCAAACAGUACUUCAGUGAGAUGCCGUGGCUCGCGGUCCCCUACACCGACGAGGCCCGGCGGUCGCGCCUCAACCGGCUCUAUGGGAUCCAAGGCAUCCCCACCCUCAUCGUGCUGGACCCGCAGGGGGAAGUGAUCACGCGCCAGGGCCGGGUGGAGGUGCUGAACGACGAGGACUGCAGGGGCUUCCCAUGGCACCCCAAGCCCGUGCUGGAGCUCUCUGACUCCAAUGCCGUGCAGCUCAACGAGGGCCCCUGCCUCGUCCUUUUUGUAGAUUCUGAGGAUGAUGGCGAGUCCGAGGCAGCCAAGCAGCUGAUCCAGCCAAUAGCGGAGAAGAUCAUCGCCAAGUACAAAGCCAAAGAGGAGGAGGCGCCGCUUCUAUUCUUUGUGGCCGGGGAGGAUGACAUGACCGACUCCCUGCGAGAUUACACCAACCUGCCCGAGGCUGCCCCUUUGCUCACCAUUCUGGACAUGUCAGCCCGGGCCAAGUACGUGAUGGACGUGGAGGAGAUCACCCCUGCCAUUGUGGAGGCCUUUGUGAAUGACUUCCUAGCAGAAAAGCUCAAACCAGAGCCCAUCUAGUGGGGCUCCGGCUUCCGGGGACAUUAUUUAAAACUCACUCCUCCCCCCUCCCCCCUUCCUUCCCUCCCCCCUUGGACUUUUCCAGCGUGUCCCGAGUCACACAACCCAAGUGUCCAACCUCUCUGUGGUGCCUUGUUUUCUGCGUUAACUCCUCAGCUAGCGCCCUAGGGUGCGCAUCCUCUCGGCAGCAGGAGACCCCACCAUGUCUGCAGACUCUGCUUGGGAUUCGCAGGGCGGCGUGACCUGGCCGGAACUGGGACUGCAGCGCGCUCUCAGCCGCUGGCUCUUGGUGACAUAUUUGCCAGGGUGUCCUUCUGCCAAGUGGGCACCCGGGGGCAGAGCCGCUGGCUCCGCUUCAGGUGCCAGCACGCAUGCGCAGAGCCCAAGCAGUCCAGAGACAGGAGUGGGUCGCGCUGGUGGGAGCCUCGGCGCAGAGCUGCCGGCGAGAGCAUCCUUCCCGAAGGGACUGGGUCCGUCCGGGUCUGAGGGAGAAACACCAGCUUGUCAGAUUCGGGCAGGGGGCCUCCACAUCUCAAAGGAAGCUUGUGUUCUUUUCCAGUGAGGAAAAGAGUAGCCACAGUGGUGAUUCACGUGGUGAUUGCUUACUUUGAUGGAGCGCCUCCCACGUGCUAAGAAAGAGCCGCUCGUUUUUCCUUCUAGCUCUUUCUUCCUUGCUCUUGACCUUCUCCCAGCUUCUGCCUUCUCAGAUGAACAGUCCCUACUCUCGUGGAAUUCUGUUGAGUUCCCAAGAUGCUGUGGCUCUUUGUGCCCAGAGGAGGACCGCUCAGCAGCGCUGACCUGACUCGCCGGCUCUGGGCCUGGGGCUUCAGGAGCUCUGCUGAGGCCCAUGUAGCCACCCUUGGCUACCCCCGCAUUCCCUUUUCUUAAAGCAGAACUAAAAAGAGACAAAUUCCCAGAAGCCUAGCUUUUUCCUAAGAACUUGCAGAAAGAGCUGUGCCCUAAGUGGGAGUGCCGGGCGAGCACAGGUCAGACGAAAGCGGGCCCUGGGUCCACUCUGCGAGGCCCAGCUCCGCGCCUUGUUCGGGCUGAACUGGUCACCAAAAAAGAAGGUAACAGCUUUGCUCUUAGGAUUUGGGAUUGGAGGCUUCACCUAGAGAGUCACAGGGUUUCAGCCCAUCUCAACCAGGUGUCAGGGUCUUUAAAAUAAUCUCAGGCCUCACCCUUGGCUCCACUCACAGCCAACCAAGACCAUUUAUUUGGAAAAGCCAGCUCCCCCCCUCCCCCAAUCAGCUGUUGACACCGUUGCUCCCUGCUGAGUUGGAUUGUUGAUUUGUAGUUCAGAGGUACAGUUAGUUGGUAAUGAGACUGUUACUUGAUGCCACCAGCCUGAAAUGCAACCACUUAGAAAUAAAACAGGCAUCUCUGGACGUUAA